CGGUAGUAUCUCUCAUGAUCCAAUUUUUUUGUCUUAUAUACACUUUGUAUUUUUGUCAAAUUUCUUUGUUUUGUAUUUUGAAUGAAAUGUCAUUGGAAUUGUUUAUUUUAUAUUAUUUUAUUAUUUUAUUUUACUGCAUAUGUUGACAUAACAUAAAUUUAAUUUUAGUUAAGUUUAAAACUAAUUAUAUGGAAAAUUUGGUAAAAAGCGUAAUGUCAAAAGUGUGGGUGGGUGGACUUUGCCACCUCAGUGCAUUAUGCAUUUUACAAAGAUGCAAUUGUGAUUAUAAUCUUAUAAUCUCACCUGUAAGAGAUGUUUGUUUUUUACUUUUGUUCGCAGUCAAUCUUCUGUAAAAAUGGCGUAUAUAUUCAAAACGUGGAAUGUAAGGCGUACAGCAAAAAAAGUCGUUUUCCUGAACGAAUCUACAUCAGAAUUGUGCAAAACACUCAUUGUUGAAGCUUCCAAAAAACUUAAUAUUAACGGAGUACGCUUAGUUUUGGAAUCUGAUGGGACCGAAAUAGAUGACGACGAAGUUGUAAAAAUACUUCAUAAGGAAAUUUUUCUUGUGCUAGAGGAAACUGAAGAAUGGAGUAGAGCAGCGGAUGACACGCAUCUGAGUAUGCAUUCGCAUGAUUCCGCUUCAUCUGCAUUAACUGUGGAAAACCUAUCUGAAUUUGAUACUGACAGUGGUAGCACAAGGGCAUCCACGCCAAGCUCUUGUAGUAGUCGUACAAUAAGUGAAAAUACGUGGCUGUCAUUCAAAAUUCCAUACGAAAAGAUGAGUUCUACAGCAAUGAAGAAUUUUGAAAAUGGUGUACGUUGUCGUCAGUCAAUAAAAGACAUGAUACAUUUGGUUACUGACGAAAUGCUCGAAGUGGCCGAAGGCUUUGUUCCCAACACAGCAUGCAAAAUUAUUGCAAGAAAACUCGUAGAUAAAUUCCCUAAAAUUUUUCAAGAUAGAGACGACGAUGGCACUGUGAUCGGAGACGGCGCAAUUACAACAUACAAUCAGGUGAAAGAAAGAAUUAAGUACGUAACAGCUUCAAGAAAACGACUACAGCGACCGAAAAAUAACCCAAUUCCCGUCAACAAAAGAAGAAAAAUGAUGAACUUGAAAUCUGGAUGUGUAAGUUGGCAACCAGAAAUACAAAAUAAUUUGACCAACGAUGACAUGGAAAAUUACCUUAGAACAGCCGAUUUUGAAACUUUUGACGAGAUAACACAAGACAUGAUGAACAAAUCGUAUCCUAAGCAACGUUUAUUUUUAAAUAGUUUACCACCACCAUCACUGCAGAGUAUUAAAGAAACAUGGCCGAUCUUAUUAUGCAAAAAUGGAAUAUAUUUUCAUUACCAAAAACUAAUGGGCCAUAGCAUUAAUAAUUUAACAGACACUUUAAUUGCAAAAUCUAACAAGUUUUUUACUUUUGGACUGAAUAAGAAAUGGAUUAAGGAAAUUCCCGUUGAUAGGGAAGAGGAUGAAGUAAUUGUGACCGUCUUGCAGAUUAUCGUGAAAUACUUUCAGGAAACUUUAACAGUUUUAUACUGCAAUAUUCGUGACGAAUCUGAUAUUGAGUCUACGACGACAAACGCUCCUGCUAUUGCAUGUUUACAGAGUGGUUAG